AUGCAGCGAGCAACGCCUGCUAGCCAACCCACUGGGGCUGGAACUGCGAUCCAGGCAGGCAAUGCCAGCACAGCCACAGAGACCGCUGCCCCAAACAUGGUUACUACGCGUUCAUCCCCUCGCGGCAAUGCCGCUCCUGCCCGUGGUGCUCCCUCCGGUCGCCGUGCCCAUGGUCGUGCUAGGCGCGGCCAUGUCGCAUCCACCCGCGGUGCCUCCAAUGCCGCCACUGCUCCUCGUAACCGUCCCGCUGGUCGCGGACGUGCCGCCUCUCGCGCUGGUCGCAGUGGUGGUGCGGCUCGCGGCCAGCAUCUGUUAAACCAUCUGACCCAGUAG